AUGUCGACGGAACUCUCCAAGGAUGAAGUGAACAAACUCUGCCAGGACCUCGUGUACAAGGUCGCUUAUGCCUUCUACGACUCGCCCAUCACGGAGAAGAAGCUGGGCGAGAUUCUGAACGUUGGCCCCAACGACGUGCGCAAGUAUCUCGCUAACCCCAGCUACGUGAACAAGGAGAAGAUUGCGGUGAACACGCAGAGCAACUGGGUCCCUCGCGGGGGGCGGGAACAGCCGCAGCGCAAGUCGCGCGACGUCAUCUACUGGUACCUGGACUACCGGGAGUUCAGCGAUGUGGUGAAAUACCGCAUUGCGAUGAUGCGCAAGGCGAUCGACGAGAAGCUGAAGCAAGAAGUGGGGAAGCGGGGGUACGUGUGCUCGAACUGCGGGAAGGGGUACGACCCGCUCGAGAUCAGCAACACGUUUGACCCGCGGACGAAUCUGUUCCUGUGCGAGCUGUGCGGCGGCGAGCUGGUCGAGGACGACCCGAGCACACACACUGCAGACGGCCAGGCAGCAGCGGGAGACCAAAUGCAGCGGUUCAACCUGGCGACGGCGCCGAUCCGCGACGCGCUGAAGCAGAUCGAGGGCCAGCGCCUGCCGACGAUCAACAUGGUGGCGUGGAUUGCGAAGAAUGUCGUCACCGACGUGCCAGACGGGAAAGAAGAAGACACGGAGAGCCGGAAGCGCAAGAUCGACGUCGUCUUCGACGCCGAGGACGACAGCGAGGAGAAGGAGCGCCUCGCGCAGGAACAGCGACAGCAGAACGCCCUCCCAGACUGGCACCUCAAGUCGACCGUCACGGGCGACGCGACGACGCUGGGCAUCAAGGAGGCUGCGGCGGAACGGAAUCGUGCAAGCGAGGGCCCCGUGUCCAAGAAGGAGAAGAUUGCAGACGACGACGACGACCUCGCCGCUCACUAUGCCAACAUGGAGAACGACGACGAGGACGAGAUGGAGGACGCGGACGAGCCGGAACUCGCACAGGAGAGCAGCAUCGAGCCCACACCAGACGAUACGCCCGCCCCUGCGGGAGACGACGACGUCAUGGUUUCCGUUGGCGGCGUCAUGAAGCCGCUCCUCGAUGUGACCGAGGCGGACCAGGACGAAAUGACGCCGGCCGAGUACGAGGCGUACGCGGCGGCCAUGGGCUUCUAA